AUGAAGUCUGUCAAGUGUCGUCAGCACGGGAUAACACUUAAUGCAGAGAAGUUCAUUGUGGCUGCAUCUGAGGCGAGCUUCUGGGGUACAAACUAUCAAGAUAUGGUAUUGAAGCAGACCAGAGAAGAUUUCGACCACUGCAACGCCGCUCCGCCCACUGAUGAGUCCAAGAAGAACUUUUGCUUGGACAGCGGACCACACUUUGUCAAAGCCACCCAUACUCACAUUCUGCAGACCGACGCCUCCAGACUCUAUGGCCUCGGCUAUGUGUUGCUGCAGGACCUCGGUGCUGGAAGAUACAAGAUGGUGCAAUGUGGAUCUCGUUUCUUGACAGAUACAGAAACACGCAAGUGCAAGUUCUAUCUUCGUGGACUUCAGCACUUCAGUUUGAUGACAGAUCACCGUCCAUUGGUUCCUAUUUUAAACCAUUAUUCUCUGGAUGCUAUUGAAAAUCCUCGCUUCCAGCGCAUGAAGGAUAAAAUCGCACCCUACAUUUUUACUGCAAUGUGGCGUGCAGGUAAGGAGUUGUGCAUUCCUGAUGCCCUCUCCCGGUCACCUGUGAGUCACCCAACGGUGGAAGAUGGUAUCUUCAAUACUAAGGUGGACACUUCUGUCAAGAUUGCGAUUUUGCAUGCUGUCAAGUCUGUUCAAGCAUCAGACGCUAUAGACGAGCAGAGGAUCUCUUAUGGAAGAAAUUGCUCAGGGUUCCCCAAUGACCGCUACAAGCUGCCCAGUACCCUGCGUCCGUACUGGAAAAUUCGCAAUGAGUUGUACAACGAUGGUGACUUGGUGCUGUAUGGACCUAGAGUGGUUGUCCCUGCUUCUUUACGCCGUAGCACCCUCGCUCGCCUGUAUGAUUGCCACUCCGGUGUGGAAGCUAUGAAGCGUCGUGCACAGCAGUCUUUUGGACAGGCAUUAAUGCAGACAUAG